GGGUUCGCGCGCGUGCAUCCCGCACCAUCCCCCGGCCUGCGGCCCCGGCCCGCGUCCCCGCGAUCUGCCGCCGCCGCCGCCGCCGUCGGAGCGCCGGGCCCAGCCGGGGCCGCGGGAGGCGGGGGCGCCCGGGCCCUGGAUGUCCCGCAGCGCGGCGGCCAGCGGCGGAACCAGGAGGCCCGAACACCGCUUGCCCCCAGCCCCGUGUGGGGCCCCGGGGCCCCCUGCGCCCUCCAGGACGGAGCCAGACGGGGCGGGCACCAUGAACAAGUUACGGCAGAGCUUGCGGCGGCGGAAACCCGCGUAUGUGCCCGAGGCGUCACGGCCACACCAGUGGCAGGCGGACGAGGAUGCCGUGCGCAAGGGCACCUGCAGCUUCCCCGUCAGGUACCUUGGCCACGUGGAGGUGGAGGAGUCCCGGGGCAUGCACGUGUGUGAAGACGCUGUGAAGAAGCUGAAGGCGAUGGGCCGCAAGUCGGUGAAGUCAGUCCUGUGGGUGUCAGCCGAUGGGCUCCGAGUGGUGGAUGACAAGACCAAGGACCUGCUGGUCGACCAGACCAUCGAGAAAGUCUCCUUCUGUGCUCCCGACCGCAAUCUGGACAAAGCUUUCUCCUACAUCUGCCGGGACGGGACCACUCGCCGCUGGAUGUGCCACUGUUUCCUGGCACUCAAGGACUCCGGCGAGAGGCUGAGCCACGCCGUGGGCUGUGCCUUCGCCGCCUGCCUGGAGCGGAAACAGCGGCGGGAGAAGGAGUGUGGGGUCACGGCCGCCUUCGACGCCAGCCGCACCAGCUUUGCCCGCGAGGGGUCCUUCCGAGGGCGGCCGGCCGAGCGAGAGGCCUCUGACAAAAAGAAAGCAGAGGCAGCAGCUGCCCCCUCGGCGGCGCCCGGCCCCGCACAGCCUGGACAUGUGUCUCCAACACCCGCCACCACAUCCCCCGGCGAGAAGGGGGAGGCGGGUACCCCGGUGGCAGCGGGCACCACGGCGGCUGCCAUCCCCCGGCGCCACGCCCCCCUGGAGCAGCUGGUUCGCCAGGGCUCCUUCCGGGGCUUCCCGGCGCUCAGCCAGAAGAACUCGCCUUUCAAACGGCAGCUGAGCCUACGACUGAACGAGCUGCCGUCUACACUACAGCGUCGCACCGACUUCCAGGUGAAAGGCACAGUGCCGGAGAUGGAGCCCCCCGGGGCCAGUGACAGCGACGGCAUCAGCGCCCUCUGCACGCAGAUCAGCUCGUCCUUCGCCAGCCCUGGGGCCCCCGCGUCAGGGCCCCCGCCCACCUCGACAGGGACGUCUGCCUGGGGCGAGCCCUCCGUGGCCCCCGCCGCGGCCUUCCAGCCCGGGCACAAGCGGACCCCUUCGGAGGCCGAGAGGUGGCUAGAAGAAGUGUCCCAGGUGGCGCGAGCGCAGCAGCAGCAGCAGCAGCAGCAGCAGCAGCAGCAACAAGCCACCGCCGUGCCCGCCGCCCUGCAGCCCUACCCCGCCCCCGUGGGGCCCUUCGACGCUGCGCCCGCCCAGGUGGCCGUGUUCCUGCCGCCCCCACACAUGCAACCCCCGUUUGUGCCCGCCUACCCGGGCCUGGGCUACCCCCCACUGCCCCGGGUGCCCGUAGUGGGCAUCACGCCCUCCCAGAUGGUGGCCAACGCCUUCUGCUCGGCCGCCCAGCUCCAGCCGCAGCCCGCCGCCCUGCUGGGGAAAGCUCGGGCCUUCCCGGCCCCUGCAACCCCCAGUGCCCCAGGGGGCCAGGUCCGCCCCCGCCCCAGUGGGGCGCCCUGGCCCCCAGAGCCCACCCCGGCCCCGGCCCCCGAAUUGGACCCCUUUGAGGCCCAGUGGGCGGCGCUGGAAGGCAAACCCGCAGCUGAGAAACCGCCCAACCCCUUCUCCGGCGACCUGCAAAAGACCUUCGAGAUUGAGCUGUAGCAGCAUCUGCGGGUGCCUGACCUGGGGGCUGCAGGCACACCCCUCCCCCCACCGUCCCGCAGCCUGCGCCCCCCAACGCCCCUCCACGUCGCUCCUCCCUCUCCCCCCUCCCCCCUCCCCCUCUAUAGGCCCCAUAGUGACGCCCAGGUCGGGACAGGAGGGAAUUCAGGGACAGACCCCCGCCUGGCUAAGGGACCCAUGUGUAGCUGGCAAUGCUGCUCCCCCGAACCAGGCCCGAGGACCCCCACAGAGGACCCUCCGUUUAAGCUCCAUUUCCCGGUUUCUUUUGUACACCUCCACCUUCCAGUGUUCGGGCAGGCUGGAAGACGGACGCCCACUGAGGGGCUCUCCUAGGCUCCCCCAUGAGUGUGCACCCCCCAGCCUGGCCCUUCCCCCCAAACUCAGCACAAGCAAAGGGCUUCCCUCUGCCCACCCGCUGCGUUCACUGCCAACGCUGUGCUCGUCCCCCUCCCACGCAGGGUCACCUCUUCUUUGGGCCAAGGUCUCGGUGGGGGCAGGGGCCAAGCUGGGGGGCCCCGGAUGGAGGGCAAGGGGGACAGGAAGGAGAUGCUCAGUUACCUCACGUUGGUGCCCGUGGUGUAGGGGUCCCGGAAGAAGAGGGAGGGGUGCCUGGCGGGUACUUUUCUAUCUUUUAUUUCCAGAUUUUUUUGUAUCUAAACUUGCAGAUUUGUAUUAUACAGGACAGCCAAUAAAGGAAGAUAUAAUGGA